AUGAUGCUUUUCACGCCGACGAGCGUUGCGGUUCUCGCAACCCUCCUGCCCAUUCUUGCCAAGGGAUCACCCCUAGCCCACAUCCCCCGAGGCGACAAAUACGUGUCCGCGACCUGGCUUCCCCUUGCUGGCAACAGUAGCAGCCUCUGCGACGACUCGGGCUGGGUCCGCGGCCUUGCUGGUCCCGAGGCGCCCAAGGCCGCCGACUGCAAGGCCAUCGGCGACUGGGCGAGCAAGCACACUGGCCAUUGGCUCCUCCGCAGCCAGGCCACCAACGACGACGUCGAGAACGAGGGCGACUGGAUGUUCCUACACUCCGAGGGCUCCUGCGGACUCCUUGCCCGGCCCCGGCCCAAGGCCUGCAAUAGCUGGGUCGGUGCGCCCGAUGUGGUGCGCAUAGCGGCGGCGUCGUUCCAGGACGGCUCUGACCAGGCAAUGCAGGGCGUGUUCAAGACAUGUAGCGGCAGCGACUGUGAUGCCAAUGUUGAUUGGGCUUUCACAACGGAUUUCUGA